CGCUCAUCUGAGAUUUGUGGAAAAUAAUAUUUUACGGCCCUAGUUGCCAAGCAAUGUCCAACUAGCUACUUCUCACUCCAGCAACACCUGUUCUGUACAGUCUCCAGGAUCUUCUUCGCCCACGCUCUUUCGUCCCGCCGUCGUCGACGACACCGACAACAACCACAGCGCCUCUAGCUGUCAUGCCCGGCGGCUCUCAUAACAGCGAAGACAUUCCUCUCCCUACCUUGAACCCCAAAGAGAACGACUUUAUCAAUCGCAUAGACACUGAGGCAAACUUCGUAUCCUCACCAAAUCGCCCGCACAUUAUCGAUGCCGAACGCGAAGACUCUCCUUCGGAAUCGUCUGCUACCAACUCUUCUGAUGAGUUUGACUGGGAAGCAGAGGACGAUGCCACAAGUCAGAAGACGGCUGCAGAGAAGGUCAAGGUCAAGCGGAUGGGCGCGAUAUGGCGCGGCUUCAUGAAGCUUGCGAGGCCUAUACGGACCCUCAUCAUUGCCACUAUCGGAACAGGCAUCCUCAUUACACCCUUGCUUGUCUUCCGAUUGCGUUUUAAUAGCAGUCCUGUCCGGAUGCAAGCACACGCGUGGUCGCUUUGGUUGGCGGUCACUUGGGGAUGUGGAUGUGUCACAUAUCUUGUAGUCGAUCUGCUCCCCAGCCUUGUGCUUCGCAUCCUCAAGAUUGCCAACUAUAAAGUGGAACGUCUGCAAACCCCCAUAGAACUAAUGUCCGCUGUCUGCGGCUGGCUGAAACUGACACUUGACAUGACGUGGAUGUGGAUCGCGCUUUCUGUCAUUCGCGCAAGUUAUCGCCCCCCUGGGUCAUACUGGGUCACCGUCAAUCGUGUCAUGCAGGCACUCUUCUCUGGAACCCUCCUUCUCCUGGUCGAGAAAGUCUUCUUGCAUUACGUCGCCAUCAAUUUCCAUCAAAAGGCUCUGGCAGAACGUCUCGCAGAGAACCGUCUCGGUCUUUGGGCCCUCGAUCGUCUAUCCAACGCUCAACCUGUCUCCACAAGACGUGGUCCAUAUGGGAAUAAGAAAGGUCAAGGUCACCGAUCCCUGGGUUCGCUGGAAUUGCUCGGUUUCGGUAGUCGUGGACAAAAUCGUCCACCAGGUAGCACAAGUAGCUCACCUAUUAGCGGCGAGAAGGGCACUUCAUCAUCUCCUACGCUCAACAAUCCCGGAAAGAUCAUCAAGGCGAACAACGCUGAGCGCCGGAAACGAAAAAAGAAGGCCGUAGCGAGUGUCAUCGUGGAUGGUUUGGGAGAAGCCAUCGGCCAGGUCGCGCUCAAGAACUCAAAGUUCAACCGGCAAACGGAGAUUGGUGGCUUAUAUUCUGCUUCAAAGCUUGCUCGAAAGUUGUUCAGUGCUCUGAGUAACGUGUAUCCAGCAAGAUCGCACCUACUCGUCGAAGAUUUCUAUCCCUACUUCCGGACCAUCGCUGAUGCUCAAACUGCCUUUGCCAUUUUUGAUAAAGACAGCAACGCUAGUAUCAGCAAGAGAGAAAUGCGUGAGGCCGUCCGUCGGAUAUAUAGAGAACGAAAAGUCCUGACGGCCAGUCUCAAGGAUGUCAGCUCUGCUGUGGCUAAACUAGACGCAGUCCUUACUGCAGUCACACUAUUGAUAUUCAUCUUCGUUUGCUUGCUUAUCUUCAACCGGCGCAAUACUAUUGCUUCUCUCGUCCCGCUUGCUACCAUCAUUCUUGGUUUCUCGUUCGUCUUUGGUCACUCUGCUCAAACGCUAUUCGAAUCUCUCAUCUUCAUUUUCUCUACUCAUGUGUUCGACGUUGGUGACCUUGUGGUGAUUGACGACGGGGUGCCGAUGUUCGUACGAGAGUUUGGCCUUUUCUCAACAACAUUCCGCCGAGUCGACGGGCAAGAGGUCAUCGCGCCUAACUCGCUGCUGGCGAGUUCGAAGCUGGUUCACAACAUGCGUCGUAGUAGCUCCAUGUGGGAAACCACUGAACUUAUGAUAUCCUAUGACACGCCUCUGGAGGUCAUCGAACAGCUUCGAAUUCGCCUUCAGGGCUACGUCGCCAAAAACAAUCGCGAAUGGUCCAAUGUCAACGUCCAUAUCGACAAAAUGGAAUAUCAAAAUGCCAUUCACAUCAUUGUAGGCAUGGAACAUAGACCAAACUGGCAGGACUGGGGAGGCCGCUGGCAACGUCGAACGGCUUUCAUGCGGAAUCUCAAGAGUGUAUUAGAAGAAUUAGACGUCAAGUACACUAUGCCUAUCCAACCUGUCUUACUUCCUCGAAACCUGCCUCCGAUGUCUCCGGAAGGUCCGAGGUUAAGACCGCCGCCUUCCCCUUCGACGUUCAGGACGAAACUCGGACGUUCGGGCAGUGUUCGGAGUACCGACACUUCUGGAAGACAUCACCUCCGGCCAUGAAUGGUCGCUUUUUCAUUAUAGCUUGUCUGCUGAAGACGGACAUUGUAUUCUCAUCUCGCAUCUCAUCUCACUGUUUGCUUGUUGUUUCGUCGAUGAUCUCAUCAAUGUUUCUUGCUAUUUGUUUGCCCCUGGUGGAUGGACGACUGGGAAGAAGGGUUGUGCAUAUAUUUUUAGAGAAACCAAAAGCAUACCAAGCAUUUUUUCCCCCAACACGCUCCUACAUAGCAUAUAUACAUGCGUACUGUUAGAUCCCUGCAUAUAUAGACAUAGAUCAUUGAGC